UCGUUCUCGACAUGUCAAUCGCUAAUAAGAUGUAAUUUGAUGAUUUAAACUCAGAUUGAGAUGGGGUCCACGUUACCAAAAGCAGUGGUGUAAAUGUAAUUUGUCUCCCCCUUUUCUCUCUUCUCUACUCCACUUUUUCUCUUUAUCCUUCCUGUUCUUUAUAUCUUGACUAUCAAAUUCGUCAUGGUGGUACAAGUCUUAAAUUAUUGGGUUUUGGAGGUGGAGAGAGGUUAAAGCUUGUUUCUAUGGGGAAAACGGCACGUGGAUUUUUGUGGGCUUCGUCUGUUUCUAUGUGUAGAAAUGACAAAAGAGGAGAUUUUGGUAUGUAUGAUGAUGAAGAAGAUGAGACUUUGAUAUUGAUACGGAUGCUGAAGAAGAAGAAGAAGAGUUGAAUGAGGCUAGGAAAUAUGAUGAGCUAUGGUCGACAGCUUUCAAACAUGUGUACACUGUUUACCCUUCAAUCCUUUAAAAAAUUGCUCCUUCAAGAGGGAGAAAAGAUGGUCCUUGUAUGGUUGGAUACACCAUAUGAUCAGGCUGUAUAUGGACUUGUAGAUAAAUUAGGGAGCUUAGUGGUGAGAAUGGUGUUUCUUUCGAAGAAAGUUCAUAUGCUACAUUUGCCAGGCCUGCAUCGGGACAAGACCUGCAGAAAAGAAAAAAAAUUGUUAGUAGUCUUACGGAGGCCCUGAAGCUUGUUCUGUUAGUUGGUAAUUCUCUCACUUGGCUCAGAUCCUUUAACUUCAUUUAUCAAUUUAUUUUUAUAGGGGUGGGUCUUGGCUUCACCAGUAGUGUAAUUAGGUAAUGGAAGAAACAUGUUUCAUGUGAAAUUUCGUCUUGGCCCAUCUUCAUUGCUGUCAUUAUUUAAUAUUUCAUAUCCUUGCCUUUCCUGGCCAUUGUGAUCUUAUCUUUUUUUUUGAUUAACAAUUCUCAUAAUCUUGCUGAUCAGACUGCAUGUUUUCUUGGAAUGAAAAUUGUGCGAAAUAGUUUUAUGCUUCCAUGAAAUGCCACUGAGGCUUGUAGACUGGAAGGGCAAAAUAAAGUUGAAAAUAAAAGAGGAAGGAGAAUCAACUUACUCCUCGUCACUUCACUUUGUUCCAACUUUUAAUUUUUAGUUGCUGAUGUCUGCUAAUUCUGAGAAGUUAUGUUGGAUAGGACCAAUAUUGUCUGUUAAGAAUCUCCUGGGAGGGUAUCAUGUACUUGAAAUGGAUCCUCUUUUUAUUGUUUAUCAAUAUUUCCUGGUCUCAUGCUAAUAUUUCAUAUGCUGUAGGUCUUAUAUUCAUGGCAUUUGGCUCAAGUUAAUCGUACUCUCUCAUCAGAUUAUUGUAUGGUCAGAAUUGGACUGAUGGAGAAGCAUCGUUAGCUCUUAAAUACUAAUUGCUUGGUUAUUGGAGCUCAUCAUUUGAUGGUUUUGCUAUUAGACUAAGUCAGAUAUUAGAUGUUAGAUGGUUUGUUUUGGUAGUUACUACUACUGAAGUGUAGCUGGUUGUUGCUAGCUUUUGUUUUGCUUUACUGGGGAGCUGAGAUGAGUUCUAUUGUUAAGGGCUGUCACUUUUACUGUUUUGUAUGGAAUUUUUAUUGAGUUGAAGAGUAGUUGCUAAAGUUAAGAUGUAGAGAUGAAGGGAUUUUUCUUUUUUUUAGCUGUGAUGAAUUCUGUAGCUGAGAGGUGUGCUCAUGAAGAGUAAUUUGUUGAUCUAUUUCACUCUAUAUGUUUUUA